UAUACGAGCAGCCUUGGCGGCAAAAUCUUAAAGCUAUUAACGAUUAUUAAUUAGCAUGCGAAUCAGUCCUUUUCCUCUUCUCCUUUCUCUACUCUCCUUUUCAUCUCAAAAACCUAAAACUCGAUGCCACCGCACAAUGAAUCCGGUGUUCAAUUGGAAGCUAUCAGUUUUAGGGUUUAUCAUUUUUACCAUAUACACAACAUCACGCUGCGUCGGAGAAUCGUCGACUUGUUUAACGGUGUACAAAGAAGGCGGUGCAGCAGCAGUGUUUCAAUCCCCAAAAUGCCCUCGCUGGAACCUUCCGAAUUAUGAUUCUCGACCACGGUCCACCGCCACAGCCCCCAGUAGCCUUUGCCAAUCAGCCAUGCUUCAAGGCCGAAGAAAGUCUCAGGAGGAUCGCACUCUCUGUGCUCUCGACUUUCGCAUUCCAUUUCCUGGUAAGGUAGGGGUUAAGGAGGUUGUGGUUGGAAUUGUGGCAGUUUUUGAUGGCCAUAAUGGUGCAGAGGCUAGUGAGAUGGCUUCAAAGCUUUUAUUGGAGUAUUUUGCUUUGCAUACUUAUUUUCUUUUAGAUGCAACAUAUUCUUUUGUUUUCAAGAAAUCGAAUGGAAGGUUGCCGAAUGAGGGAGAAAAAGAUGUAGUUUUUCAAGUGCUAAAUUGGGGAGAGGAAUCUGGUCAGCGGAAAUUGAACUUUGAAAGGUUUAAAUUUUCUCUGCCAACAAAUUUUGAUGAUUCUUUUCAUUUGGAUAUCUUGAAGGAAGCAUUAUUGAGGGCAAUUCAUGAUAUUGAUGCAACAUUUUCUAAGGAAGCAUCCAAAAAUAAUCUUGAUUCUGGUUCUACGGCCACUGUUGCAUUGAUGGCAGAUGGUCAAAUUUUAGCUGCCAACAUUGGAGAUUCAAAGGCUCUUCUGUGCUCUGAAAAGUUUCAGUCUCCUGCAGAGGCAAAAGCCACUUUAUUAAGGAUAUACAGGGAGCAGAGACGUGAUGGGGCAGUUUCACCUGCCAGGUAUUAUGGCAACAUCAAAUCAACAUCAUCCAAUGGACCUACACAUUUGAUUGUCCAGCAAUUAACUAGAGAUCAUCAUCCAGAUAGAGAUGAUGAAAGGUUUCGAGUGGAAAAUGCUGGUGGAUAUGUACUUGAGUGGGGUGGGGUGCCUCGAGUAAAUGGUCAAUUGGCUGUUUCCCGAGCUAUUGGCGAUUUGCAUCUAAAAGGCUAUGGAGUUAUAUCUGCACCAGAAGUGACAGAUUGGCAGCCUCUAACCACAAAUGAUAGCUAUCUGGUGGUUGCAUCUGAUGGUAUAUUUGAAAAGUUGGGUUUGCAGGAUACUUGUGAUCUACUGUGGGAAGUACAUAGUCAUGGUACUGAGAGGCCUGGACUCUCUUCUUCAUGCUCAUACUCAUUAGCUGAAUGCUUAGUAAAUACUGCUGUUGAAAAGGGCAGCAUGGACAAUGCGGCAGCUGUUGUGGUUCCAUUAGGAUCCAUUGGAAUUUCACAAAAAAUAUCGAGGGACAGUUGUGAUGGAGAGGGGGAUAUACAUUGCUCAACAAUAGGACACAGAAACUUCAUGGAUGAACAAUCAGCUAAUGAAGGGUCUUCUGAUCUUGUGCAAUUGGACCAUGGACAUUCAGUUACCACCAAGUUUGAAAAGUUACUGAUCAAGGGAAAGCAGAGGAAUUUUGGCUGUUAUUACUUGUCUGAGAACCUUAAUGAUAAUCUGGAGAUGUUAGGGGCUCAAAAAAAUGACGGGAUAGAUUAUAUGUAUGAUCUACCUCAGGCUCUACCAGAGGCCUUCAAUCACCGCUAUGGUGGACCUGUGAAUUUAUAUAAUGACCAGAAUAUGUGCUUGCAUUUUGGAAUGACUAUUGAUGGAGUUACAGACCAAUGCAUUCAUCCUGAAGGCUUUGCUAGUUUCCUUGGCUUGCUUGAAUCUAUUCCUUUUCAUGAUGUUGGUUCAAAUUAUGGAUCAACUGAGCAUGCAAUGCCUGACUUAAGGUAUGUGCUAAAGAAAAGGUUUGGUCGUGGAUCGUAUGGUGAAGUAUGGCUGGCUUUUUAUUGGAAUUGUCAUCAAGAUCAUAAUGCUUCAAGUUGGAGUAAAAGGAAUGGACAUUCCUCGUUUGAUGCUAGUUUAAAUUCAACUAAAAGAAAUUCCAGUUGUGGCAGUGCUAAUGAUUUUAGUUCUGGUUCUCCUGAUGGUGACUUGUUCAUUUUGAAACGAAUCAUGGUGGAGAGAGGAGCUGCUGUUUACUUAAGUGGUCUGCGGGAAAAAUAUUUUGGUGACGUAUUCUUAAAUGCAUCCAGGUGUCUUGGAGACUUACAGUCAGAUGGGAUCAAAACCUCUUUAUUUGAAGAAAUGCGAUCAGAUUAUGACCUGCUAGAAACUAAUGAAUCAGUGUAUGGAUUAGGAAGCGGAUGGAGUUUUGAAAAUAUGUUCCCGAACAAAUUUAGAACCAUGAGAGCUACCUUUGAAGAAGGUUUGAGUCAUAUAGCAAGAUAUGUAGAAUCUUUUGAAUCUCGAUCUAAUGAGAUCUGGCUUGUAUUUCAUCAUGAAGGCGUGUCUUUGUCAAAGCUUAUUUAUACUGUGGAAGAGGCAGAAAAUGUCUCUGACAGAGAAAAGGUUGAAGAAGUAAAACGGAUUGAGGUAUUGCAGCCAUCAAAAUGGUGGCAUUGGUUGAAGACAACAAAAGCAGGGAAAGAGGAAAUGCGCAACCUUUUAUGGCAAUUGUUGAUAGCACUCAAGUCCUGUCAUGACCGCAACAUCACCCACAGAGAUAUCAAACCUGUUGCUCAAGAUGCUUCAUGUUUCUCAUUGGUAGAGAACAUGGUGGUAUGCUUAGAAGAUCAGCACACUGGGAGAUGCUUGAAAGGAGGUCCAAGUGGAGAUAAGAACUAUACCGUUAAAAUGCGGAUUAUUGAUUUUGGUAGUGCAAUGGAUGAAUUCACUCUGAAGCAUCUGUAUGGGUCAACCGGACCUUCUAGGGCUGAACAAACUUCUGAGUAUUCUCCUCCAGAAGCUUUUCUUAAUGCUAGUUGGUAUCAUGGGCCAGCAAGCACAAAUUUAAAGUAUGAUAUGUGGAGUGUUGGUGUCGUGAUGCUAGAGUUGAUAUUAGGAACACCAAAUGUUUUUCAGAUUAGUGCUCGCACUCAAGCUCUUUUAGAUCCACAUAUUGUUGGUUGGAACGAAGACUUGAAGGAACUCGCGUACAAACUCAGGGCAUUCAUGGAAUUAUGUAUCUUAAUCCCAGGGAGUUCCUCAAAGCAUCAUCGCUCAACGGGUCGGGUUGGAGAUUCACCAGCUUCCUGGAAAUGCUCUGAAGAGUUCUUCUCCAAUCAAAUAAAGAAUAGGGAUCCUCUGAAAAUAGGGUUUCCUAAUGUUUGGGCUUUGCGAUUGGUGCGCCAACUGUUACUUUGGGAUCCAGAGGAUCGAUUAAGUGUUGAUGAUGCUUUGCAGCAUCCUUAUUUCCAACCUCCUCCCAAGAGAUGAGUUGAUAGGAACUUUGCAAGUGCUAAGUGCUUAGUUUUUGGGUUCUGGGUCCUCCGGAAGCUGCAGGUCUCCUCGUAACCUUAUCAUCACCUAAAGGGAGAUUUGCAGGAUUGGGAAGGGAAGGCGUUGCAUGGGCCGGUGGUUCCUCAUUGCUUGUAGAUUGAAAUGCUGAACCAAAGCACAAAAAUCUCUAACUUGUCAAGCACCUUGCAGCGGAUGCUGCUUAAUGCCAACUUUGGAUGAAAUCACUUCAUUGAUAACCACCUCUUUCAGCAUCCAAUCGGUCUCUACUGCUGUACAUGUUCCAUAAACUGUAUCAUAACCUAAUACAGGCGCAUUUAGAUCCAAAAUGAUUGUAUGUGGUUAAUCUCGACGAUUAGUACCAAUUCCAUGUUUAAUCAUUCUUGUGAGUAGAAGCUACUCUAUGGGGAAUGUGUAUCUAACAUCCCUCAAUACAUAUAUCUGAAUUUUGACGGCCUUUUCCUUAGGAAAUCGUUAAUGUAUUGUAUUGCCAAGUUUCUGCCAA